UGUGUGCUCUGUCAUUAAGGCCUAGGCUGGGGUCUGUUUGGGGUGUGUGUAAUGCGUCUGCGGGCGCCAGGUUGUGGCUGGGGGAUGGUGGCUGUUUCUGCUGCUGCUCUGCUCCUGUUAGCGGCCCUUGGACUUGCGCUGGCCCUCAUCCUCACACAGAUAAAAGACCAGGCAGUGGAGGAUCAGGUGUUGUCCACCGGCCCUCCAGACAUAUUGAAUGCAGGAGAUGGAGAGUCGCAUAUUUUACCCACAAUCCCUUCCAACAGAAGUCAGCGGGACAGUACAGCCGCACCACAGCCCACGAGGGUCCCCUUGUUUGAAACACGUUGUGGAGGUGUAUUGACAGACUCAGAAGGCAGUUUCAGUUCUCCAAACCACCCCGGCUCCUACCCCCCCAACUCCCUGUGUGUGUGGGUGAUCAGAGUCCCACCCCCCUCCUUGGUUCAGAUCCAUGUUUCCUAUUUGACUGUGGAGGGACCGUCUCCUUGCCUGUUUGACUGGCUGGAGGUGCAGGAGCAGACGGAGCAGAGCUCUGUGGUCACCAGGUUCUGUGGUAACGUAGCACCACCAACAGUCAACACAAACAGCAGCACAGUGUGGGUCACCUUUCGCUCUGAUGGCAGCAUUGCAGGCACCGGUUUCACAGCUCAGUACAGGGCCAUACUGCCCGGACACAAGAGCUGCUCCAGAGAAGAGUUCAUGUGUGACAGUGGUCGCUGUCUGCUGCCUGUGUCUGUGUGCGACGGUCAUCCAAACUGCCACGACCAAACAGAUGAGGCAAACUGCAGCCAUAAACACAAGGAAUGUGGUGGGCAGAAGACUGGUCCUUAUGGUUACCUGUCAAGUCCAAACCACCCAAAGCCUUAUCCUCACCAGCAGUUGUGUAUAUGGUAUCUAUCUGUUGAGGAGGGACACGUCAUCACACUGAGCUUCACGAACUUCAGCCUGGAGACUCAGGACGUGUGUGAGUUUGACUACGUGGAGGUGCACGACAGUGUCGACACCGGAGCUGGAAGAGUCCUGGGAAGGUUUUGUGGUACAACCUUCCCACCAGACCUGACCUCCUCUGGCCCCCACAUGACUGUGGUGUUUGUGGCUGAUGAGGGAGUGGCCGACAGCGGCUUCAAUGCAACAUAUCAGGCUGUGUCUGUACUGGACCGGACAUGUGGUCCCAGGCAGUUUGCCUGCAGUACAGGGGAGUGUCUUCAGCCGCAGUGGUUGUGUGAUGGAUGGAACGACUGCCCUGACGGAGCAGAUGAACAGGGCUGUGGCAACUCCACCUACCCUCCCUUCACUUCAUCAUGUGAGUUUAUAGAGGUAGAGAUGUGCCAGGGCCUCAGCUACAACCUCACCUCAUUCCCAAACAUCUGGCUGUCCAUUGCUGAUCAGAGAGAAGCUGCCACACUUCUGCGACAGUACCGGGUGCUGAUGGAGCUGGCCUGCUUCAAACCCCUGCAGAGGCUGGUGUGUGGGAUGUUCCUGCCCCAGUGCAGCCCUCAGGGUGGCGUCCUACAGCCCUGCCGCUCAGUUUGCUCUUCAGCUGAGCAGCAAUGCAGCCAAGCCCUGGAUCUCCUCUCCUUCAGCUGGCCCUUCAACUGCCACCUCCUGCCCGACUCACAGGACCCCAUGGAGUGCUCGCUGCCUUGAUGCUUCAAGAGUUUGAAGUUACAGUUGUGCUGUUAGUAAGAGAGAUGAGAGAUCAUCUCCUGAAAACAUUUCACACCAGAUUUGCGGCAACAUGUCAGGACAAAAAGUUUGCGUUUUACAGAACUGGAGAUCUUUUUUUCUGGACAUUAUUCAAUUGCUGUGUUGUAGAAAGCAGCAUGACCCUCACUUAACACUCCUGCCCAUAAAACUCAUAUGAUACAUACAGAAAAUUGUGGCACAGUAGCCAUUUUAAAAGAAAAGCUUUUAAGUACUCAAAUGAAAAGUUUUUUAAGUUUUUGUGUGAUUGACUAAACCAAAUGGAAGUUUUCAGCCUCCAAUAGAAAAUCAAAUCAUACUGGUAUAAAUUGUCUUUUUGCACUAUUUAUUGUUUUGAUGUCAUGUAAAUCAUGUAAAAACAUAUCUAAGAAGAGAGAAUGAACAAUACACACAGAAUACCUUUGAAACAACUUCUAAUGCAUUGUCCUUGAACACAACACAUUACAUAAUGUGCCUGUAUUUUUUCAGUGUUUAUAACAGUCCAUAUUUGACAUAGUGUGAGAUAAAAUGGGAAACAGUCAUGGGUUGAGUCUAACUGGAAAUCAUGAAGUUUUUUUUUUACAGUUUUGCUUGACUGAGUAAGCAUGAUAAAAUAUAACAGAUGCUCACCUCCUCAUGUGACAAAGGUUAUCUCAGUUAAAAUCCACUUAACUGGUAACUCUUGAAUAAAAAAAGAGUAUUUAUAAGCAUUGGAAAAUCAAGUCCAUUACAUAUAUAUA